GGGGGUGUUAGUAAUCACAUGUUGUGUAAAGAUUAUAUUGUUGUUAUCUGGAUUAAUCACAAUAGGUUUGUAGUAUUUUUGUUAGUCUUCCUCGAAGUUUUCAAUCAGGUUAUCUAAAUUUAUACAGAGUCUAUAAUUGAUCCACUAAAAGUAAGGUCUUUCGGAGUGAAGAGACCUGUUAAAGAGAAGCUGCAUCGCCUUUUAGAGCAAGAGAGAGGAGACAAGAGGUAUUAUCCCAAAUAACAUCAAUGGUGAUAUUGACGAAUGGGCUGCAAUAGUCAGGUUACAAGCUGAAAUGCAUAAGAAAUCAGAAGCACAAAAAAACUUUAUAAAGAAAAAGGUCCAGAAUGAGUAUGGUAGUGAGCUACAAAGAGCCCAGGAAUUGAAAUAACCAAGAUAGAAGAGUUGAGUUAGAUAAUAUUAGCAAUGAGAGAGUCAAGCUUAACAAGGAAUGGCACAAAAAUAACACUUUGUAUAAUCAAGUGCAACGGGAGGGAACAGAUGCUCUCAGAAAAUUACUAAAUAGUAGUCACGAGGAGCAGAUUAGCUCAAAGAGAGAGAAUACUCGAAUUGAAAGAGACUUAAAGCUUAAAUAAUGAUAUUAAGCUUAUUAAGAGCAAUAGGAAAUACCUCGAUAUUGAAAAUAAAAUGAACAUGCUAAAGCGCAAAGAGUAUACUAGAGACAGAGUUGAAGAUAUUCAAAAAUAAACAGCAAAAAAUCAAGCAGCUAGAACUCAUUAACCAAAAAUAACACCGAAGAAAGCCUGAGAUUUAUGAAGGACUACACACAAAGAGAAAUCCAAAGAGAAAAUGAUUACAAGCACAAAUUCUCUGUGAAGAACAAUAGAAUUCAGCAGAACAUGGAUCGAUAUGUUGAAGGAACUCGCAAACAACAGCAAAGACAGCUUAGUGAGGAACUCAAACUGGAAAACUCAAGACAAAUGUAUAAUAAAUAAACUUGAAAAUGAUUUUUACCACCAGCAGUCUCUUCGGAAUCACAAGCAGUCCCAAGCUUAUGAAACCUUAUGCGCACAAGUGAAGGAUAGGAACCUAAAGAACCAGUUUACAGAAUAUGUAAAUGAUAUGGAGCGCCAAAAUAUCAGACAGAAGACCAUUGAAUGUAAUAAUAUUCAGAAAUCUAUCCAUAAUUCAACAAAGAAGCGACAAAUGAUGUAUAAAGAAAUGCUCAAGGAUCAGAUAGAAGCCAAGAAAAAGCUUAGAACAAAUGGAAACAUGACUGCUGUUGAGAAGCAGAUGAAUAGAGCAGAGCUUAAGGCUUACAAGAACUACGAUAACCAGUUGUACUCCUUUAUUCCAGGAAUCAAUCAUGAUAAAUUUAUUGAUAAAGGAAAAUUUUACAAAAAGAAAUCAAGCAUGGCUAGCGAAGGAGAACAAAACCGAAGACUUCAAGAACUUGGAUGUGGAAGAAGUUUUAAUUUACAUAAAAAUAGAGAAAAACAUAAUUUUAGUGCUUCUAUUCUGCCUAUGAAUGAGCCAUACAAUGGAACACCUUUGUUUAUCAACGAUAAUGUAAACUUUACCAUUGAUAACUCAACUAAACCUAAGCCUAAACUUAGAAUCCCAAGUGUUGAGAAUAGCCCAUAUAAGGCAAAACACACUCAAAAUUUAAGUAUGAAUGGUGGAUCAGUAAUUCCAACAGGAUUAGAUCAUAGUAUGAAACUCCAGAGUUUAAACAAUCAAAACUCUCACCGAAGAGGGUUGAAUAAUCCUCUAUAUUCUUCCUUUGAUGCAAACAUCCCAUUCUUCUAAAAUUUAUGUAGUUGAUUAUUUUCAA